UACAAGCAGUACAAACUGCAACGACAAAACAUACAAACAGAUUUACAAACAUUACAAACGUAUGAACUGUACAAACAAUACAAACUAGACCAACAAACAAUACAAUCCAUACAAUAAGAAAAAAAAAACUUGGUUAAGUUUAGAUGCUUCAUCCCUAUAUAGAGGGCUCUGUUCCAAAGUCAACCCGGUUGUUUUUUUAGACAUAGAAACAUGGUGGGCAAAAAUGACAAACUAGACCAACAAACCUUACAAACUGGAAAAACACCCGGGUUGACUUUGGAGGCUCGAUCCCUAUAUAGAAGAGUUCCAUCCAAAAGUCAACUAGGUUAUUUUUUAGACAUAAAAAACAUUACAAACAUGGUUGACAAAAAUGAUAAACAUGGUGCACAAAAAUAACAAACUUACAAACAUUACAAAAGAAACCGACAAACAUUACAAAAUAACAAAGCGUACAAACAUUAGAAAAUAAACCGGCAAACCGUACAAAGCAUACUAACCGUACAAAAUGUCACUAAAAAAUGACAAAUAAGAAUGAUAAACAAUACAAACCGAAUCGAUACAAACAUUACAAACCCGACUUACAAACAUUACAAAAUAUGUAGACCUGGCAAUCGGGUCUGGUUGGAUAAUUUCGGCUUGGGGAUUUCGGUUACGAGUCGGGUCAUGUUUGGUUGGCUAUUUUCGAGUCAAAUAUUGACCCAACCCAUUCGGUUUCGGGUAGGGUUAUAGGUCAUUUCGGGUUAUGAGCGUUCUCAGAAACAAUAUCAAACAUGCUUCAUAUUUUCUUAAAGAACACAAAUUUUCACAUAUGCAUGACAAUAGUUUACCUAACACAUGUCAAUUAACGUAUUCUCAAAUCCUCCCGCGCUAAUGAAAUGAAAUACAAAUUGCAAAUCGUCAAAAAACAAUCACAAGAGUAAUACUACUACAAGAAACACAUGAUAUUUGAUUAUCCUUAAACCCCAAACAUGUCAUUCAAAUCCUUGUGAUUUUUUUUAAACAUCUCGCCAAUUUAUGAGUGAUUUUAUCAUUUGAGAGUGAUAUGUAAAUGAAACGGGUCUAACGGGUCGACCCGCUAACCCAUCCAACCCGACCCAAAAAAUCACGGGUUAUUGGGUUCGGGUCAUUCGGAUCUCAGGUUACAAAAAUUGAUAGUUUUCGGGCGGUUUCGGGUCGGGUCAACGGGUCGGGUUGUAAUUUGCCAGAUCUAAAAAUAUGUCAACAAACAUCACAAAUCCAACACUGCCGCUGGAAGAUCCUUCUCCGGCGUCAUUGGUCGCCGGUAAAUAUCUUCCGGUCAUUAAUAUCUCUCUCUAGGUAGGGGAUGGGGAAUUGGGGGAUGGAAAUCGUACGACCGCAAAAACCAAAUGGGGAAAUAGGGGGAUGAAAAUUCCAUCGGCCACCGGCGUAAUAGGACGAUCACGACCGCCGGAAUAAAAAUGGGAAAAAUCCUGUCGGAAACCCAACAGCCGCCGGAGGUGACGAUCACCGAAAAUCCUAUGGGGAAAACGAUCGAGCGGAUGUUUUUUAUAAGUAUUUAAUAAUUAACCAUUAAAUAAAUCUAAAAUUACUACAUUAUUUUUUAUUAAACGAGAUUAAUUACAACCAUUAAAUUUUAAUGAAGUUUAAUGACUGAGAUUGACUUAGUUAUAGAGCCCUUACCCGAACUGGGUUUGAUACUUGAUUCUCAAACUGAUGUACGUUGGAGGCUUGGAGAAGAAUAGGCUGCCCCUGCCACCGCCGGAGCUUGCUUCCCUCUCGCCUUCCCUGCUUAGAGCUGCUGCAAGAAUGAACAGAUUGGUGGUGAGGAGGACUCUUUACUCAAAUCACCAUCCACUGAAGUGUUCAUGGAAAAGAGGCUUCUGUAGCGGCGGCGAAGCUGCUGCUGCAGCAGCGUCAAGCGCUUCCUCCGGCCAGCUUAACCUUGAGGAUAGGACUUUCGCUGGAGAUGAUCAACCUUACGACCUUGCUAUUGUUGGAGGAGGCAUGGUCGGGAUGGCUCUAGCUUGUUCCUUGGCAACAAAGCCCCUGACGAAGCACCUAAAAGUUGCCAUUAUUGAUAGCAAUCCUACUUUGGCUAAUAAGCUUUCUAUCAAGAGGGAGGAUCCACCUGAUCCAAGGGUCAGUACGGUGACACCGGCGACCAUUUCUUAUUUCCAAGAUGCUGGUGCUUGGCAAUACGUUCAACAGCAUCGACAUGCAUUUUUUGAUAAGAUGCAGGUCUGGGAUUACACUGGCUUAGGAUAUACAACCUACGAUGCCAGAGAUGUAAACAAAGAUGUUUUAGGGUGUGUGGUAGAGAAUCGAGUGCUUCAUAGCUCUUUGUUAUCGCGUAUCGAGGAUACAGACGUCCAAAAGACAAUCUACCCUUCUAGGUUGGCUUCAAUGAUUCGAUAUCCAAGUUCUUCAGUGAAGGCAGAUGACAACACUUGGGAAGCAUCAUACAUGAAAGCGGGAUUAGUAAAGCUAGAAAUGAGUGAUGGCAGCAGCCUGUGCACGAAGUUGGUGGUUGGAGCUGAUGGGGCCAAGUCGCAAGUCAGGAACCUAGCAGGAUUUAAAACAACUGGGUGGAACUAUUCACAGAAUGCCAUAAUCUGUACUGUUGAACAUUCUGUUGCAAAUCACACUGCUUGGCAAAGGUUUUUACCAGAUGGUCCAAUUGCUCUCUUGCCGAUAGGGGAUAAUUUUAGCAAUAUUGUCUGGACCAUGAGCCCGAAGCAGGCAUCAGACUUGACGGUGAUGAAUGAGGAUGAGUUUGUGAAAGCUGUAAAUCAAGCUAUGGAUAAUGGAUACGGCCCUCAUCCCAAGUCCAACUUCUCUAACGGCAGCAACAAGUUUUCAUUCCUUGGAGGAAACUUGACAAUGUCGACCAAUGAAUCUUUUGAGGUUCCACCAAAGGUUGUGAAGUUGGCUUCCAAGAGAGCUGCAUUUCCCCUGUCCUUGAUGCAUGCUAAUGACUACGUGGCAAAACGCAUUGUUCUCAUUGGUGACGCAGCACAUGCUGUUCAUCCUUUAGCUGGCCAAGGAGUUAAUUUGGGUUUUGGAGAUGCAUUUACCCUGUCCAGAAUCAUUGGUGAGGGAGUUGCAGUAGGAACGGACAUUGGGGAGGUCUCACUGUUGAGAAAGUAUGAAGCAGAAAGGAAACCAGCAAACAUUGCAAUGAUGGCUGUGCUGGACGGGUUUCAGAAGAUAUACUCUGUUGAUUUCGGGCCUCUUAAUGUGUUGCGUGCUGCUGCCUUUCAUGCCGCAAACUAUAUUUCACCACUGAAGAGGGGCAUCAUCUCAUAUGCCUCUGGAGAGCAGAGAUUACCAAUAUUCCCGUGAGUUCUGGAAACAAUCUGAAUGAGUAAAUCAUAACGUGUUUG